GGCGGCGGUGGCGGGAGCGCCGAGACCACCAGCCCCACGGAAAGGCGGAGGGCGGCCUGGCCUGGGAGGGCAGAGCUGAGCGCGUGUCUGCGCGCGAGAGGGGGCCACACCGCCUUCAGCGCGGACCCCGUCAGCCCCAGCCCAGGUCGCCGCAGCCCGAGAGCCUCCCCGCCUGCGCCCAAGGCACGCGCGGCGCAGCCAUGAACACCAGCGAUGCCAAGGAGUAUCUGGCUCGGAGGGAAAUCCCUCUGCUUUUCGAGAGCCUUUUGAAUGGACUGAUGUGUUCUAAGCCCGAAGACCCUGUAGAGUACUUGGAAAGUUGUUUGCAGAAAGUAAAGGAACUAGGUGGCUGUGACAAGGUGAAAUGGGAUACGUUUGUCAGCCAGGAAAAGAAGACCUUACCUCCCCUCAAUGGAGGACAGUCACGGAGAUCCUUUCUAAGAACUGUAAUGCCUGAAAAUUCAAACUUUCCAUAUCGGCGGUAUGAUCGGCUCCCUCCAAUCCAUCAAUUCUCCAUAGAAAGCGAUACGGACCUCUCCGAGACUGCAGAGUUAAUUGAGGAAUAUGAGGUUUUUGAUCCUACUAGACCUCGACCAAAAAUCAUUCUUGUCAUAGGUGGUCCAGGAAGUGGAAAGGGUACUCAGAGUUUGAAAAUCGCAGAACGUUACGGAUUCCAAUACAUUUCAGUGGGAGAAUUAUUAAGAAAGAAGAUCCACAGUACCAGCAGCAACAGGAAAUGGAGUCUUAUUGCCAAAAUAAUUACAACUGGAGAAUUGGCCCCACAGGAAACAACAAUUACGGAGAUAAAACAGAGAUUGAUGCAGAUACCUGAUGAAGAGGGCAUUGUUAUUGAUGGAUUUCCAAGAGAUGUUGCCCAGGCUCUAUCUUUUGAGGACCAAAUCUGCACUCCUGACUUGGUGGUAUUCCUGGCUUGCGCCAACCAGAGGCUCAAAGAAAGAUUACUGAAGCGUGCAGAGCAACAGGGACGGCCUGAUGACAACCUGAAAGCUACCCAGAGGAGACUAAUGAACUUCAAGCAGAAUGCUGCUCCGCUGGUUAAAUACUUCCAGGAGAAGGGGCUCAUCAUGACAUUCGAUGCUGACCGAGAUCAGGAUGAGGUCUUCUAUGACAUCAGCAUGGCGGUGGACAGCAAGUUGUUUCCAAACAAAGAGGCUGCAGCAAGUUCCGGUGACCUUGAUCCUUCGAUGAUGUUGGACUCUGGAGAGAUGAUUGACACAGGGUCUGAUUAUGAAGACCAGGGUGAUGACCAGGUAAAUGUAUUUGGUGAGGACACCGCAGGAGGUGUCAUGGAAGAUUUGAAGAAGUGUAAAAUUAUUUUCAUGAUUGGUGGCCCGGGCUCUGGCAAAGGCACACAGUGUGAAAAGCUGGUGGAAAAAUACGGAUUUACAUAUCUCUCGACUGGUGAGCUCCUGCGUAAUGAGCUGUCAUCAGACUCUGAAAGAAGCAAAUUGAUCAGAGACACAAUGGAACGUGGAGACCUGGUGCCCUCAGGCAUCAUCCUGGAGCUGCUGAGGGAGGCGGUGGUGGCCAGCCUCGGCCACACCCCGGGCUUCCUGAUCGGCGGCUACCCUCAGGAAGUGAAGCAAGGCAAGGAGUUCGGGCGCAGGAUUGGAGACCCACACUUGGUGAUCUGCAUGGACUGCUCGGCAGACACCAUGACCAACCGCCUUCUCCAGAGGAGCCAGAGCGGCCGGUGCGCAGACAACACCGCCACCAUCGCCAAGCGCCUUGAGGCCUACUACCGCGCAUCCAUCCCCGUGAUCGCCUACUAUGAGACGAAAACACAGCUACAUAAGAUAAAUGCAGAGGGGACACCAGAGGAAGUUUUUCUUCGACUUUGCACAGCUAUUGACUCUAUUUUCUGAAGACAAAAUGCAUGUAUGUUAAGGAGAGUGGAGACAGAAAUAUUAAAAGGUUUAUACCAUAACA